GCUUUUCAGAAUCAUAAGGAACGGUGAAUACUACUUGACUCAAGAUUUAGAGGCUCUUGAACAUUCUCUUGUCGUAAAAUAUUCCAUGAGGAAGGCAUGGCAUCAUACCUGCUCCUGCUCUGCUUGUAAUAUCGUUCAUGUUGCCUCCUUCAUCUCCAUUUGCAGGGUCCUCCUCCAUCUCGACCCAGACCAGACCGAAAUCGAAUUUUCCUCCUCCUUCAUAACCCUACAUUCACUUUGCCUAACCUGAAUUGACCUAUUUCCGAUUCGACCCUAGUCCUCGUCAUCUUGCCUUCCUCAUUCUUUACUUGAAAUAUUUCCUGUCCCUACCUCGACCUUGUUAACCAAGUACUACUUCCUUCGUCUCGCACCAAUAACCCAAACUUCAACGUACAAUCAAACCCAAACUUCUUCUUGAAGUCCGGCUUGAGGCUGGCCCAAAAACUCCCGCAACCCCAAAGGAGAUGGCUUCGCUUCAAGCCGACGUCUCACAACAUCCUCAGCCUCAACCUGAGCCCGAAUCUCAACCCCAGCCCGAACCUCAACGUCGCCAACAUGACCUCUCCUUAACCGAGUCUGUCGCCAUUGCUACAAGAUCGGUGCACGCAAAGCUUAACAAACUUAUUAUCGCCCGGCUACCGCUUGCGUUACCUCCUCUUGCUACCGAUUCAUCGGCUUAUAUUACUGGCUUACUCCAUGUUACACCUAUUUAUGUCACCUUCGAGGCAUUAUGGCGCGAUAUCCUCGAGUCGGGCUUGCCUGUAGAUUUGCCCGGGGAAGACGACGAGACCUGUGAACAGGAAACUCCACCAAAUUCAGCAGAAACUGCAUUCCCGGCCUCCGAUCUCCACGAGCUGUCAAGUUGCAGCAGGAUGCAAUCGAUACUUCAACAAUUGUAUCUCCCGGGGUUAAUGCGUUCAGAUCGUCUAAAGGCCGACAUUGUGAAUUUGGCGGGAUGGUCCAACGAUACUGUUGAAGAACAGUUACGUCUUGUUGAAGAAAAUGGUCCAUUGGGGGAGUUUAUACAGCACAUCAAAAGAACGGUCCAACAUAGGCCUCAUGCGCUGAUGGCUUAUUCCUAUAUCUUGUUCAUGGCACUCUUCGCCGGUGGCCGUUUUAUUAGAGCUACACUCGAAUCAGCUGGAGACGACUUUUGGGACCGGUUACCUUCGCCAGUUCAGCCAAACCGUCUCUCCUGCGAAGAGAGAUCAAGGCCAACUAAGCGUGCAAGUGGCUUGUCCGACGAAGAGAUCCCAAUAGACGACUUUCACUGCCAUGCGACUCACACGAUGCCUCUCCGAUUUUUCCACUUCCAGACUCCCGAGGACGGGGAAGAUUUGAAACGGGAAUUUAAGCGACGACUCGCUAGCAUGGAGGGGCAACUAACAGCACGCGAGAAGCAGGAUAUCGUUCAAGAGUCGAUUUGCAUUUUCGACAACAUGACACUUUUGGUUCAGCAGCUCGACAUGGUCUGUGAUGCUCCAGCGCGCAAGGACAGCGGCAGUACGACCUCGUCACUGCUUGACUUGGUCGAUCAAUUGCACCCGUUUCGCUCUCGUCUCAGGGAUAGUGUUUCUAUCGCAAGAGAUAGAAUUCGACGAUCUACAAAGCUUGCACCAAGCGGCACUAAAUUAGUCUGGAAGAUCUGGAACUACAGUGCAACCGCAUCGCCGGUGGAGCCAGAGAGUGGGAUCAAGCUCCCGAUCGGCCAUCCUGGUCUCUCCAAGGAUGAUGCCGCAGCCAUUGAACUCUGUCCAGCCUUUUCCAAGUCUAUGAGAUUCGACAAGACCUUGCCGCGACCAAUGCGCCUGCCAGCCAAGACAAACACAGCCGAGCACGAGUUGAAAUAUUACCUUCAAGUCGCCUCCAAGAAGUUUGAUAGCAUGAGCCUCUUCAACUGGUUGAUAAUAUUAACUGUUGGUGUAAUCCUGCUGGGAGCAUUAUGCUCUGCUAGGCGUGGCCGCGAAGUAAUGAUUAUUGAAGCAUGAGAAGAAGAGUUGUUCCAGGCAGCGAUUGCAUUAUGUUUGGCGUUUUAUGGAGUUGAGGCAUUCAGGAUACCCCUCAUUGGGUGAACCACGUCUAUAUCUGGAGUCGGUUGCAUUUUUAUACCUAGAGCACACGCAUACGAUUGUACUCCAUACCCGGUCACGGCCCCUAAGCAUUCUAUACAAAGAAAACGAUUACGACCCUAGAUUCAGAGAUAGCCACUUUACGUCACAAAUACCUAAAUGAUAUAUCCUUGAACAAGA